CGGGCGGCGGCCGUCCGUAGUAGUUUCACAAAAGCACCAAUAUUGGUGGAAGAGUGACGUUUUCCGGACACGGGCGAAAAAAAAUUCCAUUACAGGCGUCGGUGGUCGCGGUAUUUUGUAGUCCACUUGUGUUAUUUUUUCUGAAUCGUUUGUAUUGUAAUCGUUUAUCCCCGUCAGUUUCUCAUUCAUUCUCCGGUAACGUGUGACGUGUGCGACGCGUUUUGCAGCCGUUCCGUUGCUCGACCGUUUUUUGUAAAUCUCCCCAUAAAGAUAAAAUAAUAUCGUAAGCGUUUAAAUUGUUUUUUUCUUUUAUCAUUUUUUCCAUUAUCUGGCGGGCCGGCCGUAUCUUGCCAUCAGUACCUACCUAAAAAAAAACCACCGCACUUGUUGCGAACGCGCGUGUCCGUGUAAAACGUACUCGCUCGCCAAAACAGAAAAAUUUAUAUUUAAAUAAUAUAUAUAUAUUAUUAUUUUGAUUUCAAGCGCAGACAAGAUGAACAAAAAGUGUGCCAGAUGCGACAAGACGGUUUAUCCCAUCGAAGAACUCAAAUGCUUGGACAAGGUAUGGCACAAACAGUGUUUCAAAUGUCAGUCUUGCGGCAUGACGCUGAACAUGAGAAACUACAAGGGAUUUAAUAAACAGCCGUUUUGUGAAGCGCACAUACCAAAAGCGAAACACACAACUGUUGCGGAAACACCGGAAUUGAAAAGGAUUGCCGAAAAUACAAAGUUACAAUCUAAUGCUAAAUAUCAUGCAGAAUUUGAAAAAACUAAAGGAAAAUUAACUCAAGUGGCUGACGAUCCCGAAACAUUGAGAAUAAAAGCCAAUUCUAAAAUUAUAAGUAAUGCGUCCUAUCACGGAGAUCUGUUGAAGAAAGCCGAAAUGGAACAACGUAGAAAUUUAAAUGGUAACAAUGCAACAAAUGAUGUUCCGGUUAUAAAAAAUGUAAUCGUUAGUAAACAGACUUCAAAUUACGACCCGAGUGCAGUGAAACCGAAUAUUGUGCAACAACAGAACUACAACACUGGCAACAACAACAACAACAAUAGGUAUUCUCAAAAAAAAAAUGAUAACGUGCAGCAGCAGCAGCAGCAGCAGUAUCAUACUAGAAUAGAAGAACCAGCUAAAAUUCCUGCAUGUUUGAACCGUCAAACUUCUACUUUAAUUUAUUCAUCAGAUGGAAAUACGGUUCCCAAUUCAUAUAAUCAUCACAUUGGUUCGAUAGCCGAUUACGAUCCAAUGCAAAAACAACAGUCGUAUGGCAAUGUAAAGUAUAUGAAUAAUUCAGAAAGCCAUAAUUUUGGGAGAGUUUACCGAGCAAUGUAUGAUUAUGAAGCUCAAGACCUCGAUGAAGUUUCAUUCACCGACGGAGAUCUGAUUGUAAAUUGUGCAGCUGUUGACGACGGUUGGAUGACCGGUGUCGUCCAACGAACAGGGAAAUCUGGUAUGUUACCAGCAAAUUAUGUCCAGCCGGCAGCGAUUUAAAUGUCAAAGGAGGCAAUCAUUAUGAUUUGUUGAUGAUUUUAUGGUUAAAAAAAAUAAUAAAUAAACAGAAGUUUAUAAUUUUACUCUCAUCUACACUAAUUUAUAAAACUAAAAUUAUUAUUAGUAUUAGGAAUGUUUAAUACUCAAUUAUAUUAAACUAAAUAAAUAAUAUUAAUUGUGAUAUCUAAGAAUUUUCCAAUAAAUGUAUAAUUUGAUAACUUAAUUUUUACUAAGGCAGCUUAAUACAACGAAAUAUUAAUCAUUCCAACGAUAUAUUUAGUGAAUUUAACUUGUACAUUUUAAUUAAUAAUAUAUAUUAUAAUCAAUUUUUUUUAAAUUUUAUUUACGUUUAAAAUAUUAUUUAUUUGCCUUUAAUUGCCAAAAUUUUGAGUAUAAAAAUAUUAUAAAUAAAUAAUUCAGGCAAUUUUGCUGUUUUAAAUUUGUUUUAUGAGUUAUUAUUUUAUUUGUUAAAAAAUAUGUUUUUUAAAUUAAUGUUUAACUCGCGAGAAAUCACAUUUCUAUUAGUAGAUUUACUUGUUUGCAUUGAUUAUUAAACAUUAUAUAAUGUUCUAUUGCUUAAGUUUUGCUAAACACCAGUAUUUAAAAUUCAAACCAUAUAUAUAUUUUUUUUAGUAACAUAAGCUUAUAUUUUACUACAACCAUACAUAAUAUUAAUUAUUAUUACUAUUAUCAAACUAUAGAAUUAUAUAUAUAUAUAUAAUUUUUUAUUUGAUUGUUUCAGGUAGCUACAAACUAGUUUACUUUCCUUUAAUUUCACCUUGUAUAUGUUAACUAUUACAUUACUUUUUAGUAAAUAAUAACUUUUGUAUAACUAUUAACUAUUUAUGUUUUAUUGUAUUGUUAAAUACUUGUGGCCACUAAAGUGAUUACAUUUCUUCACACUUACCUACACCCACACACACACACAUAUAUAUAUAUACUAUAUACUUUUAUAAUAUAUUAUAUAUUUUAUUAUAUUUAUACCAGUAUUUUA